CGCUCCUGAUUUGCCAAUGCUGGAGACGAGCAGACGGGCCACUAUUUUGCAAAGCUCGCCGCUACUAGCGCAUCGUCGUCCGCACCUGCCUGCAUCGUUGUUGAGGUUGGAGCGCUGGGAGGGGGUCAUUAUUUUGCAGCAGCCGUGGGAGGAGGAGAGGCAUUUCCGACUCACCGACAGAAGCGUGUAAGCCUCAGAUUCAGCACCACAAGAUUAAGGAGAGCGUCCGGAACGAGCCGAUUGUUACUCUCCGGGGAGGUUAACGGAUCAGGAGGACGCCGUUUUUCUUUGGGAGUGCACACAGUGAGACCAGGCGUUGCUGCUGCACAGUUUGUGGACCUGCUACAGGAGUUAUCUUUAACGGUUAAAGAGACCAUGACGACUGCCACUUCCCCAAUUCUAUUGAAAUGGGACCCAAAGAGUCUUGAAAUCCGCACCUUGACUGUGGAGCGGCUUCUGGAGCCCUUGGUCACACAGGUGACGACUCUGGUGAACACCAGCAACAAGGGACCCUCCAGUAAGAAGAAGGGACGCUCUAAGAAGGCUCAUGUUCUGGCAGUAUCUGUGGAGCAGGCCACCCAGAACUUUCUUGAAAAGGGUGAACAAAUUGCCAAAGACAGCCAGGAUCUCAAGGAAGAGCUCAUUGCUGCUGUGGAGGAUGUUCGCAAACAAGGAGAAACGAUGCGCAUAGCCUCAUCUGAGUUUGCUGAUGACCCUUGCUCUUCUGUGAAACGUGGCACCAUGGUGAGGGCUGCUCGCGCCUUGCUGUCUGCUGUCACCCGCCUGCUCAUCCUUGCUGACAUGGCUGAUGUCAUGAGGCUGCUGGCCCACCUUAAGAUUGUUGAAGAGGCCCUGGAGGGAGUAAAGAAUGCUACCAAUGAGCAGGACCUGGCAAACCGCUUCAAAGAGUUUGGAAAAGAGAUGGUGAAACUUAACUAUGUGGCGGCUCGGAGACAGCAGGAGCUGAAGGACCCUCAGUGUCGGGAUGAGAUGGCAGCUGCUCGUGGCGCACUUAAGAAAAACGCCACCAUGCUGUACACGGCCUCUCAGGCCUUCCUGCGCCACCCAGACGUGGCAGCUACACGUGCCAACCGAGACUACGUGUUUAAGCAGGUCCAGGAGGCAAUCGGAGGCAUUUCCAGUGCUGCCCAGGCCACUUCACCCACCGACGAGAAGCACGGCCACGCUGGCAUCGGAGAACUGGCUGCUGCCCUCAAUGAGUUUGAUAACAAGAUCAUCCUGGACCCUUUGACAUUCAGUGAGGCUCGUUUCAGACCCUCUUUGGAGGAGCGCUUGGAGAGCAUUAUCAGUGGGGCUGCACUAAUGGCUGACUCAUCAUGCACACGCGAUGACCGCCGUGAACGCAUUGUGGCUGAAUGCAACGCUGUUCGUCAGGCCCUUCAAGACCUGUUGAGCGAGUACAUGAACAAUGUAAGUCUAUCUCUUGUGUUUUUGGCAAAGCCUCUGGGCUGGAUUAGCUCCUGUGCCUAGGCUGUCCCAGUAACAAUGCUUUCUGGAAUUGCAUCUUAAGUACCUGUUGCACCGUGGGUGCAUUUCAACCCGGCGAUUUUGUAAACAGUGUGCACAGUCCUCCCCCCUUUUUUUCAUCAGCUGACACUUGGCGAAUGGGGCAAUUCCAUUUAUGCAGCCAAUCUCAUAGGCUACUGGAGAGAUGCCAAUCUGGCCUCAAAGAUAGGGAAGAAAGAGGAAGCAAGGAGAGCUGCUGGAAUAGCUUAUAUUCAUUCUGACACAAAUCAGAUAAACGGGAAAUGAUAAAUGUUGCCUAUUUUUACUACCCUUAACCUGUGUUAACUUUGAAUUCCAAAUCAAGCUCUUUUGGUUGCAACAACCUUUGAAUUCUUAUCUGAAGUUUACUCUGGAUGAUCUGAAUAUGAAUUAUUCAUCUAUUUUAGUGCAUAACUUUGAUAUUUUGUAGAUUGACAGACAUUUGAGAAGGGAAAAGGAUCCUUUGUUUAAAGGCCAUCAGUGAAAGCAAAAAUGGUUAUUCGUGACUUUAUAUGUUUGAUAGCCUCUUUCUAAGCUUACCAGUGACAGAUUGGUUGCAUUUACAAAAAUAUUACACUCAGUACUCUUGGACAAAAGCAAAUAAAAUAGGCAUUCAAAAAAGAAUUGGACUUAAAUAUUCCAAGAAGUUACCAAAAAGCAAAGGGAAAUAUCAGGCAUACCUUACAAAGUCACACUUUCCUAAACAGAAUAUAUGUGCCUCCGCACUAUGUUGCCUGGCAAGUGCUCACAUGAUGAAGUUGACAUUUGAGAUUUUCUUGAAAUAGCUAAACCACAGACUUUAGAUGUUAAAAUCACCCAGGUUGUUAGGAACCAGAAUAAGUCUGAUUUUCUAGUCUUUAGAGCUCUAGAAUACCACAUAAAGCCUUAAAUUACAUUUAGUUUGGCUGCAUAAGCAAUAUUCUAAUCGAUUUUGCUCUGUGAACAUUGAGAUGCUAUUGUCUAGCUUUAGAAAUCUAAAGUUAGUUUAAUUUGAAAUAUCAAUUUUAGAAGCAUUUUUUGAUUACUGUUUAGCUGUGGGUAAGACUUUGCUUUUUUAAUAACAGUUAGAAAUUUUAUUAUGAUCCCUUUAUCUUAUUAGCAAGUUAUUAAAAUUGAGACACAUUUCACCUUAGGUGCCAAGACAGUUUUAUCUUCUGGCUCCUUAAAGAUCACAUCUUGUUGGAACCCCUAACACUGAGGAUCUUGUGUAAUGCUAUUAAAAUGUACUGUUGCACUAUGUUGUUUCAAAGGCUUUGUCUUUUAGAUGAAGCAGCUGUAGAUAAAACUAGAGGUGCCUCCCAAUAAAUAACAAUAUCAUCAAACAGUUCAUUAGUUCAGUUAAUUGGUCACUCUAAAUUAGACACUUAGGAAUGAGUGUGUGUACGAUGUUUUGUGUCCUGCAAUAGACUGGUGAUCUAUCCAGGGUGUAUCCUGUUUCUUGUCCAAUAGAGACAGCCCAUCAGUAGAGAGAAUUUAUUUCAGUAAUUCAAAAUAUGAAACUCAUAUACAGGUUCAUAAACACCCUAUUUGAUUAGUCUUUAUUUCUGUAAAUUUUAAAGGUCAUUGCUAAGGAGACUGGAUGUAUACAGAGAGCUGUAUUCAACUAUACUCAUGGGAAGUUGAGUGGAACGUGACAGUGUGGUAGAAGAAAGGGCAUGAAGUUCAAUGAUAAUCACAUUUGGUCGAAAGGCAAAGUUCAUUCAAGAGUUUCAGGAGGAGAAAUAGAAAUGCUUCUGUUCAUACAUGAGUUUGACCUUUUGAGCUAACUUCCGUUAAUAAUUUAUGUGUUGGAAGAUAUUUUUGUUGACAUAAACUUGCUUACCAUGCAAGUUCAUAAACAUUUUGCAAUUUCUCACGUCUUUUGACAGUAUGCAACACUCCAAGCAAAGCUGGACAUAUUUAGUUAAGAACAGCUGACAUAAAUAGUUCAGACGAAGAAAACACCAUGUUUAAACUGACUUUCUUGGCUGCUUUCUAUAUUUUUCCGCUUGACUGUACGUUUUCAACAUAAUGUAAUUUAAUCGACAUUGAUACUAUUUGGAGACACUUUAUUUAUUUAUUUAUUUAUUUAUUUUGGCCCAACCAUUCUGUCAAGCUCUGCCAAAAUAAUCUCCCUAUAAGACAUUUCUAUUGGAAGAUAACCAUGUGUAUUAAACUUGCCUAAAGAAUAUUUUAAUUAUCACAGCCAUUAGUGCAGUUAAAAAUAUUAAUGUAGUUAAGUCUUUUUGUUACAGUAUUAUCAGAGUAUCAGAGUACUCCUGAUACCAGUAUCUCGUGUGUCACGUGUCUGCAGCAGAAACAAUUUUUAAAACCUCUGCUGUCUGCAACAAACAUGGAUUAAGAAACCACAUCAGUUCAUGCGUAUGAGGUGUUGACAUGUUUAGCAUUUAUUGUCUUGGAUUUGUUCAAUAUCCAAUCAGCUUUGCUGGUUUGUUCACCAAAGGUAUGAGUAACAAUGAUAAAUGAGUGGAAAAUCCUGUGUCCUGCCAGGGAUAAAGCUUUGUCGUUCAGCCACGCUAAUGCACUGGAAUAUAAGGCACUGACCCACAUCUGCUCUUAUACAGGUUACAUGAAGCCCCAGAUGCAGACCCAGCUGUUGUUGGCCUGUGUAUUAUCUCACCCACUCACCCCGAUGGUAAUGUUAAAAGCAAGGCAGCUCAUCAGUGCAGGCUAAUCCAGCCAAAGCAUUUGAAUUUCUACAGGAAAAAGCAAUUAUAGUAAUAAACUUAGCCACUGUCUGUCAGUCUAAAUAUUCAACAGAUAACCUUAACCCCAUUUCCUAUCAAGUUUCACAUUUAGCAGCAACGACUUUCUUUUCUCACAGUGCUGUAUUUGUGUUAGAAGAAUGACUCCUGAGUCAUUGUUAUUAAUUCAGCAUUUGAUCUGCGUGGUGCAUGUAAAUGAAGCAGUGGGAAGCAAGACCUAUAGGCUGCCUGGAGAGUUAGUCUAUGUAAUGAAUAUAAUUACACUGCUCUGCUGGACCAUUGUCAUUUUUUUUUUCUGUUAACUUGCUUUUUUGACUGUGUGUUUCACAUCUGUGCUUCAUUUCUGCAUCUAAAUGCAAAAGUCCCUGGGUAUGUCGUGUUUUAAUUAAUCCCCAGUUUGUAUGUAGGUAAUAUAAAUACCAGGAUUGUGUUAGUGGUUUAUGUGACAUUGUUAGCAAUCAGGAUCUGACAAAAAUAAAAUAAAAAAGGGAAUGGGUAAGAGAGAGAGAGAUUUUGUAUUUUAAAGAGAAUGUUGAUAAUGAUUAAGAUAUUGAUCCCUCAAACCCCACCUGUUAAAAAAGAAGCUGAGGAAAGCCGCCCCCACUCAGUCGUUAGUCAUCAUCAGCUUCUUACAACCCACUGCGGUACACGCAGCCACCCAUGAUUUAGCUCUCCAUCCAGUUAUGAGGGGGUGUUAAGUGUUUAUUAUGCCGCAAUGGUCCCAGUCGCAAUGAGAAAGCAGAAUGUUGCCUGAUCAAUACCUCUCACAGGAAGCCGGGUUAAUUUAUUUUUUAAGGAUCUGCUUGCAUCUCCAAGGGCUUUCUUGCUGUAAGUCGAAAUGCAAGUCGUUUCCUGAAGAUGUGCAGAUUGACAUUUUAUCACUGACGCUGCUGUUUAGGGACUUGGUGCUGACACUCUUGACACAAAAGUGAAGGCAUCACCUUUUGUGUGCUCUACGUUCUGCCUUUGUUUUUGUAAUUUGAAACCUGGUUUGCUCUGUUCUCAACAAGGCACAAGAGUCUGACAGCUCCAACUGCUGCGCUUGCUGAUUGAUUGUGUGGCUAACGUGUUUAUAGAUAAUGCAGUUGGCAGCUCUCCAUACAGUUUGAGUCUGCAGGUUUUGUUUGAUUGUGCAGCUUAACCAUUCACACAUACCGUCACAGUGCACACACAAGAGCUCUUUGCUGGUAAUACACCAGAUAAUCACCUAGUGACAGGGACUGGGUGCUUUUCACCUUGACUAACUGAUUGGAAAGGCAAAAAAAAAAAAAAAAAAAAAAUCUUUUUCAUCAUUAAAUAAAAUAAACUUAAAUGCUACGAAGUAAAAGCAAUGGCAGCAUCCAUCAAUAUGGAAGUUGUUACAGCAGGAAGACUGUUCAAAAAUGUUUUCCAGAACCAGGGAGCUGCUUAAUAAUUUACUUAAGGAAAGCUCAAAAUCUGCUGAAAACUAUUUAAAAAGAGAGGAGACUUGUCUCUGGUUCAAUCAGGCUGCAAGAAAGAAAGAGAGAACAGGGUUUUCAGCAAAUAACAGGAAGGAUGAACUAUGUACCGCUAAUGUAAUAUGCUAAAAAAUACAGCAAUAUCUACUCUGUCACCAUUUUGUCUUAAAUUUACUCGAUGGGUGACUGUUAACUGUUGAAGUGUUAAAAAUACACAUUUUAAUGCUGUGAACUGUAAUUUUAAAAAUAAAUUGAAAUCCAUUGAAUUCUUUACUCUUUGUGCAUACACAACCAACUCAUAGUUUUACCAUUUCAUUUUUUGACAUAACUCUACCUUUAUUGACAUUGAAGGUGGAGUUAUUGACAGACUUUACAUGAAUGAAUAUCUGUUGUUGAAGAAUCAUGAGUGUGUCUGUCAUUUCAAACAUAAAUAUUUGCACACAAAACAAUGACUUGGCAUUUGCUAGCAUGUGGGCUGAAUAUUAUUUAGCACAUCUAAAACAGCUGCACUUCUGACAUGUUCUGCUCCCCUCGUAUAUUACCUUUAAGCAAAACAACACAACUUUUAAAAAAUAAACCACAACCUCAUUAGUGCCUGUAUCAUGCAGUUGGAAUGUGAAACAUUUAUUAUUCCUAAAAGUACUGGAGGGUUUCCAUACUACAAAUUAUUUAGUUGUGAAAAUAUAAAGGGGGCUUGAACAUAUUAUUGCCACUGUGAUCCUUUUGGUUACCACUCAUCUGUAUUGAUUUUUACUGAGGGUCAUCAAUCAAGACAUUUAUAAUGGAUGCUGUCUGAGAGCACCUAUCUCCCUUUUGAGAAUCAUCACCUCAAGCUCGGGUCAAGCAGAGAUUUGAUCUGUUGUCAGUUAGAUGAAUUGAUGUUUUUCUCCUUAUUCGCUCCACCUUGCAAACACAGAGAAUGAAAAGAGAUGAGAGGUAAAGGUGAGCAGAGAUAUAAAGAAUUCCAAAGUAGUUUAAUGUAGGCCCCAAAGACUCAAAGCUAUUAAAAUAUUCAAAACCAUUCUCGAUCACCUUUCGCCCUGCUUGCUUGUUUAAGAAAAGAGUGAAAUGAAAUCAAUAGCCAUACCAGUCCCAGCCCUCAAUGUCGGGUAUCAAAUAAUAUUUAUAUAAAUGAGGCCUCAGCCUCAAAUUUACCCUGCAGUUGCAUGUUUAAGGACCUGCAAAGGACUCAAACAGGGCUGAAAUUCUUGACAGUGUGUGAGGAUGGAAUAAAUCUCAGUCCCCGUCAUGAUUGCUACAGCAGUCAUUUGCAUUCUCAUGAUCUGACAGGAUAUGAUUAACAGCCAUGUUGAGUCUUAAAGUGGAACACCUUUGCUACCAUAAAUAUGAAAUGGAUCAUAAAUUCCCACAUGGCGACUUUGAGCCGUUAUUGUUCUCGAAAAGCAUGGCUCACGGCAAAAAAAUUGCAGAGAGAGGUGCUUUUGCUUCUUUAGUACCUCAUACCGACAAUAAAUGUGUUCAACAAAGUUAAUCAACUUUUUUACUUACUAAAAACAUUACCAUGCAACAUUGUGCACACUGUACAUCAGGUUUUACAAGUAAAUUUCAACUAACUGGUUUGAUAGUAAUUAUUACUAUAACUUGCUUUGCUGAUGUUAGUUUUAGAUUAUAAUCAAUUUUCAACAAUAGCAGGGAAGGUUGUGUGUGUGCUCUUAACCACUGAGAUAACCUGAGCUAUUCCAUCUUUUCAAGAUUAGUACUUUGAAUGUCAAAGAAGGCAGAAAAUCUAGUUUGCCAUAUGUGUCUAGCUAAUAUUUUUGUCCCUCUAGAAUUAAUUUUGUUACAUUUCUGUAAUACUUUUACAAAAUAGUGUCACUGAUUUACCAUUUGUUAAUCUAUUUUACAAAUUUAGAAUAUUUAUGAAAUGGAAAUUUAUUGUAUAAAUUGAAAAUUUUAUCAUUACAUAUUUUCUAUGUAAUGAUAAACAGUUUCACAUUUAAGCGAAAGUAAUCCUAAAUUACUGCCAAAUUAUUAUUUUUUUGUCAAACAUUCAGACAUUUUAUUGACUUGGGGAAAUUAAACCCUCUUUGCUUCAGGCUAAACGUAUUGUCAGGCUUUGUGUCGCCGCUAAAAUGUUCUACCAAACCCCCCUGAGCCCUAACAUGAACCUUUUUGCACAGUUAAUUUCAUUGUAAAGAAAAACAAGUUUAUUAUGGCUGCUAAGUUAAACAUUUUUGUAACAUUUAAGAAAUUGGGUGAUAUUUCAACAACUAAUGUCAAGAUAUUUCCCAAUUGCAAAGGUUUUCUGUUACAUAUAUUCUAUUUCAGAAUGAGUAGUAUUUUUUUUUUUCCAAGGUUAUCCUAAAUUACUGCCAAAUUCUUUUCUCCCCACUUUCAGACAUGUAAUUGCCCGAGGGACUAUCAGUUCUCAUCACUCUUCAUUAGGCUGAUCUUACCUCCAGGCUUUAUAUUGCCUAUAACAUGUUUCACCAAUUUAAACCAAACUAAACCGUUCUUCACUGUGACAUGGCCAUUUUUGGGGUCACUUAAAUGCAUAUUCUUGAGAAAUACAAAAUUACCAUUUAUGCUUAGGCUUGUUUUUAGGAACUUGAACAUGGUAAAGAAAGUAGUCUUUUUGAAACUGUGCAUGUAAUGAUUGUCAGUGAUUUCUUAAACACUUUAUUCCUGCUGACUUACAAAUCGUAAACAUCUUUCUUUUUUUUUAAAUUUAUUUCAAAAUAACACAGAAUGAUGCAAAAUUAUCGUUUUCACAGAAAAGCAUUUGCAAAUUCGGUAUAUCUAUGCUGCCCCUGCCGUAGGAGUCUGCAGAACAUGGUGAACGGGAUGUAAGAUGCAGCCACAGUAUGAGAAUAUGCACACUAGAGAGCAGUCUGUUACCUCUUUCUGCAGUGGUGGUGAUCAACCAAACCCCCACAUCCCCUCCUUUCACGCAGCACACUGUUCAUUUCACAGUAGCCAGGAAACACCACAUCUCUUAGUUUGCACUAAUUUACACAGUGAAGACCAGAGGAAGAUUUACACAUACACACCUCUGCAUGGCCUUGUAUUCAACAAACAUUUUAUAUCACAUGAAAACACAGUGGUAAACACCGCAUGUGCAAAUAUUGCUUGAAGCUGGUGGAUAAUCUCCUCAGGAGUUCUGACACUACUUGAAUUACAUUUUUAUCUACAUGUGCAUGGUUUAAAUGAUUGAAGAAUUUGUGUGUUUAAAUUGGCCAAAUGAUGCAACUUUGUUCUAUUGUAGCCAAAGGGUGGUGAACGGCCUAGAAUAUGAUCUUUCUGCUUUCUUUACUUCAAUGCAACACGAGCGGCGAUGUGAUAAAAUUAAAAC